CGUUUUAUUUUUAUUAUUAGUUUUGUGCUAAUAUAAUUAAGUUAGUUUUUCUUUAAAAAAAAAUAAAAAAAAAUAAAAAAAAAAGGAGCUUGAAGCGUGGUGGCGAUGUGUGCAUAACGACAAAGAGAUAAGGUGGUCUGAGGAAACAUGGCAGCAGAGACGUUUUUGGAAUUUGACAGAGCAGAGAAAACGGUUACUGAGAAGUGGAGCAGGAAGCUGAGGCGAGAACCAAAAAAAGGGUCGAGAGAGCUUUGGCCAGGGGGAACGAUAACAAAAGAGGGUGGCAUUUUCAGCAUUAUUUUUUACGAAGAGAACACUAAGCAAAAAAAAAAUUGCUCGCUGCAUCAAGAAUCAAGGAGCUGUGAGAGCAAUAUUUGGAACUGCGUCGGAGGAGAAGGAGACUCAUCGGAUACGCAAGGAUGCGUUGGCAAUCGAGUCUUCAAGAGGUAUAUGAAGAAAUUCUCAAGUAUUCGUGAGUUUUAAAAUACUCGCGGAUAUUUUUUAAGAGAAUAUCUGUAAAGUAGUGGGUGAAUUUUUUUUAGAUCGAAUUGCAAGAAAGCACUAUCCUUAUUCGACCUUACCCGUUGUCAUCC